AUGAAUCACUUGUUCCUCAAGAAACAAAAUUGUGUUUUUAGUCAGAGUUGUGUGGAGUACUUGGGACAUAUUGUAUCUAAGGAGGGUGUUGCUGCAUAUCCUAGUAAGUUGAGGGCUAUAUCCGAAUUGCCUAUUCCCAAAAAUGUGAAGCAACUUAGAGGGUUCUUGGGUUUAACAAGAUACUACAGGAAGUUUGUUCCUGGUUAUAGGAGAAUUUGUCAGCCUUUAUAUAACCUCACUAAGAAGGAUGGGUUCAAGUGGGAUGUGGCAGCUGAGGAAGCUUUUAAAAACCUCAAGGGCAUUAUGGCAUCAUCUCAGGUUCUAACUUUGCCGGAUUUUUCAACUCCAUUUGAAAUCGAAUGUGAUGCCUUAGAAGUGGGAAUUGGAGCUGCCCUGCAGCAAAUAGGGAGACCUAUAGCCUUCACUAGCUAA